CCAUGCGUUUGUAUCUUUGAUUUCGCCCCGGCCUCGCAAAGAUUCUUCUGCAGACGCGGACGGGCUCUUUUUUUUUUUUUUUAAAUUAAGAAUAAAGCCUUGGGAGGGCUCCGUGUCCACGCGCCUGCGCAGUGGCCAGGACCGGUGGAGGACAUUGAAACAAAUGAAGUACAUUUUGGUAACAGGUGGUGUCAUCUCUGGGAUUGGAAAAGGAAUCAUUGCCAGCAGCGUUGGGACAAUCCUCAAAUCAUGUGGAUUACACGUCACUUCCAUUAAAAUUGACCCUUAUAUUAACAUUGAUGCAGGCACAUUCUCUCCUUAUGAGCACGGGGAGGUCUUUGUGUUGGAUGAUGGAGGAGAAGUGGAUUUGGAUCUGGGUAACUAUGAACGGUUUCUUGAUAUCCGACUCACAAAGGACAAUAACCUGACCACAGGAAAAAUAUACCAAUAUGUCAUCAACAAGGAAAGGAAGGGAGACUACUUAGGUAAAACUGUGCAAGUUGUGCCCCACAUUACUGAUGCCAUCCAGGAGUGGGUGAUGAGACAGGCACGGAUCCCAGUAGAUGAAGAUGGCAUGGAGCCCCAAGUCUGUGUGAUAGAGCUCGGAGGAACGGUGGGAGAUAUUGAAAGCAUGCCUUUCAUUGAAGCAUUCCGCCAAUUUCAAUUCAAAGUCAAGCGCGAGAACUUCUGUAAUAUUCACGUCAGCCUAGUUCCCCAGCCAAGUUCUACAGGGGAGCAGAAGACAAAACCUACUCAGAAUAGUGUUCGUGAACUUCGGGGCCUGGGUCUAUCACCAGAUCUAAUUGUGUGUAGAUGUUCCACGCCCCUGGAUACCUCAGUGAAAGAGAAAAUUUCCAUGUUUUGUCAUGUAGAACCAGAACAGGUAAUCUGUGUCCAUGAUGUCUCUUCCAUCUAUCGGGUUCCUCUGUUGCUAGAGGAGCAAGGAGUGGUGGAUUAUUUUCGACACAGGCUCAACCUUCCCAUUGAAAAGCAGCCCCAGAGAAUGCUGAUGAAAUGGAAGGAGAUGGCGGACAGAUAUGAUCGCUUAUUGGAAACCUGUUCUAUUGCCCUGGUUGGCAAAUAUACAAAGUUUUCAGAUUCAUAUGCCUCUGUCAUUAAAGCCUUGGAACAUUCUGCUCUAGCAAUCAAUCACAAACUCGAGAUAAAGUAUAUUGAUUCUGCUAAUUUGGAACCAGUUACAUUACAAGAAGAACCAGUUCGAUACCACGAAGCCUGGCAGAAGCUUUGCAGUGCUGAUGGAGUCUUGGUUCCAGGUGGUUUUGGUGUUCGAGGCACAGAAGGAAAAAUUCAAGCCAUUUCUUGGGCAAGAAAGCAGAAGAAACCUUUCCUAGGAGUCUGUCUGGGAAUGCAGUUGGCUGUUGUGGAGUUUGCCCGCAAUGUCCUUGGCUGGCAAGAUGCCAACUCUACAGAAUUUGACCCCAAAACUACACACCCAGUGGUAAUUGACAUGCCGGAACACAAUCCAGGUCAAAUGGGUGGAACCAUGAGGCUGGGCAAGAGAAGAACUAUCUUCCAAACCAAGAAUUCAGUCAUGAGAAAACUGUAUGGCGAUGGUGAUUACUUGGAAGAAAGGCACAGGCACAGAUUUGAGGUAAACCCAGAGCUGAAAAACUCAUUUGAGGAGAAAGGUAUGAAGUUUGUGGGCCAGGAUGUGGAAGGAGAGCGAAUGGAAGUGGUUGAGUUGGAAGAGCAUCCCUUUUUUGUGGGAGUUCAGUAUCACCCAGAAUUCCUAUCCAGACCCAUAAAACCGUCUCCUCCUUACUUUGGCCUCCUCCUGGCUUCUGCAGGAAGACUCUCACAUUAUCUCCAGAAAGGUUGCAGACUCUCUCCCAGGGAUACCUAUAGUGACAGAAGUGGAAGUAGCUCCCCCGAUUCUGACAUCACAGAACUGAAAUUUACUGCAGUGAAUCUUGAGUAAACUGCUGGUGUUUGGAAAUUCUUCACUGGACAACCCUACAUCCUGAGGAUCUUGUAGAUCAUGUUAUUAUAAUUGUUUUUAUUUUUGGGGGACAUCUUGUCAUUAUUUUUAUUUUAUUUUAUUUUUUAAAAGAAAUUAUUCCGAGAAACUGACACUGCUGCUUUCUUGUGCUCAGCGGUGAGCUUACAAACCUGAAGUGCAGACGCUUGAGGGCAGGAAGAGACGUGAGGAGGACACGUGAGGAGCUUUAACAGGCCAAUGGAGAUGCUCGCAGAAGAGGCCACGCAGAAUCUCUCUUCAGGGUUUUGAUUCUUCUCCAGUGUUGGAGGUGCACCAUGGCAGGCUACCCCAAGCUUUUAAAGUAUUCUAAAACCAAACUGGUGCUACUAGACCUAACGUUGCUUAUUAACCUUUCCCGAGAGUAUGAUUUCCCUGUUCACAAGAUGAAGGGCACUCUGACGCCAAGCAAGUGUGGCCCCACAUUUAAAGAUGUUUUUGAAAAUGCGAGUACGUCCAUCCCCUUCCCCCCCCUGCCAUUUUACACAUUCACUGGGGACGGGGGGGGGGGGGGGAAGCGGGGUUUUUUUUUUGUUCAGCUUCCUGAACUGGACCCCAUUUCCUUCCAUCAAGGGGGGGGGGUGGCAGGGUGGGGGGAGUACACGUGUAUGAAAAAGUGACUUUUCAAGAAGUUGCCUUUUGCACCUCUCGUGGAGAGCUUUGCCUUGGACUCGAAAGAAGCACUGAGGGGUUCGGGGAGAGACCUCCCUACACGGAACGAAGAGCCUCUGUUGGCGUGUGGGCCGUCCCAGGCACUUGUCAUUUACAGGGGGAUGCACCUGCCCAGCGACACGCAGGUGCAGCCUUAGGAGAGAGAAAGGAUGAGCCUGCAGAUCUGGAGGGGUUUUUUUUUUUUUUAAGAAAAAUGUGGUUUGAGAUCUUUUCCCAGGGGCAGGUUCUAAACUUGGUUUUCCAGCAAGUUAGGUGAAACAGUGUGUUAGUGCAAAGAUAUUGGAUGUACAGAUCCUUUUCAGUUCAUUAAAACUUUGGGAAA